AAAAAGGGGACUGGUGGGAUUUAUUUUUGCUCGGUUUGUGUUUUGUUAUUAAAAAAAUUUGUGUUGUCAGCUGUUUUGGCAAUACAAAUGGGCGUCGAAAAACAAAAUCAAAAUGAUUUGCACACUUGAUCUUUAGGAUUCAUAUCCUAACUUGGAUCAUCAAAAAUGAAUAUAAUGCGGAAACUCCGCAACGCCGGAGGCUCGACAACAGCCUCCGGUUCAGAGAAUAUGGGGGACACUUCUUCGGCUCACACUCAACUAGGUUUGAUGCACCUGAAGAAGUUGUUUAUGGAAUACAUGCAUCCUCCACAGCCACUUUCGGAUCAGGAAAAGGAUGAUAAGCUGUAUAAUAUGUUGCCAUUGUUUUGCAAGGUUUUCGGUUCGAGUCCAUCCUGCGACAUGAAUGAAAAAUUCUGGGACAUCCUAUCGUUUUGCCAUCAAGUAUCUCUACUCAUGGUUUCGGAAAUCCGUAAAAGAGCUUCAAACCAGAGCACUGAAGCCGCCAGUUCUGCCAUAGCUACAUUUUUAGAAAUUGAAAACUGCGAAGAAUCCAGCAAUGGUUGGAUGCUUUUGUCCACUUUAAACCUACUAGCUGCCGGGAAUGCUACUUUAAUACAAGUCAUGUCUGAAGUAUCAGUCCCUUCAACUUUAGUGAAAUGUUUGUAUAUAUUUUUUGAUUUACCAGAAAUUCCAGAAAAAGAUUCCAAUACCAAAGAUAGUAAUAGCGACUUUACACCUCAUGAAAGACGUAUAUUGCUACAAAAGAUUUUUGUUCAGGUAUUAGUACGUUUAUGUAGCCAUAGAAUAUCAGCUGAGGAAUUGGCUAAAAAAGAUGAUCUAACUUUAUUGUUUUCUGCCAUAACUUCUGCCUGUCCUCAGUAUAAUAUUAUGUGGAGGAAAAGUGCUGCAGAAGUUUUAAUGACAUUAUCUAGGCAUGGACUUACUCCACCUGUAGUUGGAUAUAUUCACAAUAAAUCCUGUGUAGCUCUAUGUAUAGAAAACAUGAAAAAAGUACCUGAAAUAGCUCCCUUGGAACUAGUAGAAAUGUUUGUAACAGUAUUUUGUUUCCUCAAAGACUCUAGUGAUGUAUCUUCAACAUUGGUAGAUGAUUUCCGGCAAGCCGGAGGUUAUCAGUUUUUAUCUGAGUUUCUAUUGAAACUCGAAAGCGAAAAAUCGUCAGAAGCUCAAGAAUCUAUUAGAAAUUUAGUCUUAAUGAUUACCUCCCUUUGCAUGUGUGGAUAUAUCGAUUUGAAACCUUCACAAGCCUCAACUGGGUCCCUAUUUCAAAUGCAAGGUUUCAUUCUGCCACAACCUUCUGGCAGAGGCUCUAGUGUACGAAAUAUACAAGCUUUUAAUGUAUUGCAAAACACUUUUUUGAAAUCAAGCGCAACAUUGGUUUGCUCUACAAUUUUAGAUGCCAUAUCCACCAUAUAUCAUUCAGACAAUGCCAACUAUUUCAUUUUGGAAAAUCAAAACACUUUGAGUCAAUUCACUGAAAAAAUUCAUCACAAACCCCCAGAAGUGCAAAACAAAUUAUUCGAGCUAAUUGAAUUUUUGGUAUUCACAUUAAAUUUCGUUCCUUGCAAGGAACUUAUAUCAAUGUCCAUUUUUUUGAAAUCGCACAGUCUAAAUCAUGUGGACUGUAGCAUAUCGUGUAUGAAAACUCUUUUGAAUAUACUCAAACACAAUACGAUUUUUAAAGAUGUCUAUCGUGAAGUUGGUUUGUUGGAAGUUAUUGUCACUUUACUGAGUCGCUAUGCCAGUUUUUUGGAAAACAAAAAAAUUGCCACCGAAAAAGGCAAAGAAUACAAAAUGCCUGCAGGACAAGAAAAAUUAGGAUCCAUGAUUAUAGAGGCCAUAGUGUUGCUUUUGACUGGAAAUGUAUCUAAUGCUACAGUGUUAAGGGAGUGUGGAGGAGCCAAGUGUGUUCACGGACUUGUUCAGUAUUUGGAUUGUAGAUACGCAGCUUUGGGUAUCAUAAAAGAAUUAAUCCUAACUGGUGGGGGAGAUGAUGAUAUGAGUCAUCUCUUGAACACCUUACAUUCCACUGCAAGAGAUAAUCUAAAUCUGAAAAUUGACAUUUUGGAAGCUUUGAAGUUGUGUUUGAAGGAAUCGCAUAGAACCAGAACACUUUUUCGAAAGGCAAAUGGUUUUAUCUAUGUCACAAGCGUCCUAGUAGCUCUAGAAGGAAGACUAGGCAAACUGGAAUCUAAUCCCAGAGUAAUACAAUUAUUGGUGCUUGUUUUCCAAACUAUUUGCAUAGCAAUGAGAUUCGAGCCAGCAAACGCCAAAUUUUUCUACUAUGAAGUUUGCCGUACAAGCUUUUGCGAUACUUUGAAGCUUUUAGGAUGUUUCACUUUGGAAAAAGUCGAUAAAAUCUCUAGUUCAGAAUUAACUUCAUCCUCCAUUAACGAUUACCAACAAGAAUUGUUUCAUGAGCUAUUUGUUGGAUCAGUAACAAAUUUUAACAUUCCUGAAGGCAUAUCACCUCCUCUAGCCUAUACCACUAUAGUCUAUAGACUAAUGUAUGAUUUAGCUUUGGACCUUUAUGAUAGAACCAAUAUGAAUAAUACAAUGUAUUCGAUAAAAUCACCUCCCAUAUCCAGACAACAUAGCACUUCCGAUAAUGGAAUGACAAAAAACAAAAGGGCAAGCGUCAAUAGUUUAAAUCUCAGCCCUCCAUCUCCUGAACCGAUAGUAGUUCAUCCCGGAGUAGUUAUAAAUAUGUUUCAACUAAUGCCAUGCAUUUUACAAGAAACAAAUCCAGAAACAUCUCUUAGUCUUCAAUUAUAUCUUGCGGAAGUCAUAAAGUCACUGGUUCGCUGUGAGAGAAAUCAACAAGUAAUGUGUGAUAAAGGCUUUGUCAGUUACAUCCUAGAUGUCGGUGCCAUAGCUUUACAAAACGAAUCUCAUCCUUUACAUGCCCAUUUGCAAUACAUGUUGGAAAGAUUGGCAGCUCAAGCCUUGGAAUCAAUCGAUUUAAGGACAUUUUUGCGUUUUGGAAAUCCUUUAAACUGCCUGCCUUUAGGCUCUACCGAACCUGGUGGUGGGCCUGUGCCAUUAACACGCAUCAAAACAAUAGUUUCUAUGACCACACCUAAAGAUUUCCGAGCUCAAUUCUCUUAUACUUUGCCACCGUUUAUUGAAUUCGACAUGGCGACUGAAGGGUUCGGUUGCCUGUACCUACCAAGUAUAGCACCUCAAUCGCUCACAGCCACCAGUGUAGUUUCCGGAGUUGAAAGUAGUAUUGUUGGAGGUAUUGGUUCAGGCGACAGACUAUUUCCACCUCAAACAGGGCUCACUUACUCUACAUGGGUCUGUGUUGAUAAAUUUUCUGACCCCAGAAGCGAUCCGCACGCGGUACAUCUUUUGACUUUGGUUAGAAGCCAAAAUGGCACAGGAAAAGACGACAUCGUUUGCUUGUCUGUUGUUUUAUCCACCAGGGAUAAAGCUAUAAUAGUUUCCACUAAAGAAACUCGAAUGCCAAAUAAUACUGUUGGCGAUUGGGAGCCUGACGGCUCAGGAGAAUGUGGAGCUAGAGUGUGGUACCCGGACUUAUUGAAAGAAGCUCAAUGGCAUCAUAUUGUAGUUGUGCUUAAUAGGGCUGUAUUGAAAAAUUCUUCAUUUUCUUUGUACAUCGAUGGGCAGCAAGUGCAUUCACAAAAAAUGCACUAUAUAUCACAAAAUCCUGGAGGAGUUGUAAACGUUAAUGCACCUGCAUCAGUAUAUGCUUAUAUUGGCACUCCACCAGCUUGGCGAAGGUUCUCAAAAUUAUGCUGGAAACAAGGGCCUUGUCACUUGUUUGAAGAAGUCCUUACACCAGUCACAGUGUCUCAAAUGUUCCAACUAGGCCCGCACUAUAUGGGCUCAUUUUUGGCACCCUCGGUUCAACUUGUGUCUGAAGAGAAAGUUAUUUUCGGUUUAAAUGCCAAAGCGGUGUCUCAUUUAACACUAAACAAAAUCAGAAAGGUUUAUAGUAGAGCUGAUAACAAAUCCAUAGCAAAACAAUUGGGCAUGUCCAGUCAUGAAAGUGCUACACCUAUAAGAAUACUACAUAAUUCAGCUGGUCAUCUGAGUGGAUCGGCAAGGACUUUAGGUGGAGUGGUUAUCGGAUAUUUAGGUGUCCGAAUGUUUUGUCCAAGACCAGUAGCAACAACAAUCGACACUAUCGGCGGCUGUUCGGUUUUGUUAGGACUGAUAGCAAUGGCCCAAGACCAAGAGACACUAUAUGCAUCAGUCAAAGCCUUAGUUUGUGUGGUGCGCAGCAACAAAGUUGCGCAGGCUGAAAUGGACAGACGCAGGAGUUACCAGACAUUAGCCAUGUUGCUGCGUCGUAAAAGACAUUUGCUCAAUUCCCACAUUUUACAUUUGGCUUUCGGAUUAGUUGGUACAGUGGACAGUGGAAGAGAAUCAUCUUCUAUACCUAAUAAAACGGCGUUUCAAGAUUUAUUGUGUGAUCUUUUGGAAGUCUGGCAUGAAGCUCCUGGUGAAUUGCUGAGAUCACAUUUGGAGCACUUACAGGAGCUUGUUUUUGAGUCUAAUGAGAAAAAAUACAAUACUAGAGUUAUGAGGGAUUUGGGUUUGGUCGAGAAGUUAUUGCAAAUUGCUCCAGAGGUUAAACAUGUGCAAACUAGACAGGUACUUUUUUCACUGUUCACCAGUCUUUUAGGCAGCCAAACAAGAACGAAUGACCUCCUACUCUUUGGACAAUUUAUCACGUCCACUUUACCGCACGUGCAAGCACAUAAUGAGAAAAAUAUCGUUCUAAUGGACGGUGAACCUGAUUGUGAACAGAUUUUACUUAGAAACCGGUGUUUAACUGUGCUCCAUUCUCUGGUGUUCUCCACCCGCAACCAAGUCGGAGAAGAUAUAGCUAAAAUACUGGGCUUUGAUUGGUUACUGUCUUUCAUGCAACCUAACAUACACUCCACAAGUUGUCUAUGGGCUUUUAGGAUAUUGGUGGCAGCUUGUUCCAGUCCUUUUUUGAUUUGCCGAUUCCGCGAUGGUACGAGUAACGGUGGUUGGCUCCGGUACUCUGAACAAGUAACUCAAAGUAAAGUGGCUGUAGUUUUGGGUUGUCCCACUGCACCUCAUUCACCUCUAGCUGGAAGCGAAGGCGCUAAAUCGGUUAACGAGGCGCUUCACAUUCCAGGAUUCCAAUUUCUAGGGUGGCUAUUGCCAAACCAUUUGGACAUUCCUGAAGUAUAUUUCUUGUUGACUGCAUUAAUGAUGGGCCAACCUGCCAAACUUUUACCGGCAGACACCAAAUUCGAUUUGGACACUGUUUGGGGAUUUUUAUGGGGCAGUUCUGUGAAUAAUCAACCAAUCAAUAGUGUUGUUCCAAGAAUCACUCUAUGUGCUGACGCUGUGGUAGUACUUUUGGGAAUGAUGAGAGCUUUAUUGCAUUCCGAUUCGACUAACUUGCCAGAAUGGUUGCAAGAUCAUACAAUUUCAAUUGUACAAGUACUAUUCCAACUUUACCAUAACAUGCCUGAAUUUAUGCCAGUAUUCAUGUCUGCAGAAGUACUUGGGGCUUUGGCGAGCACUUUAUUUCCGUUUCCAUGCCGAGACAAUAACAGUCCUGAGAGCAGUCGAGCUUCAACUCCAGAAGAAGCUUCAGAUGUUAUGAUUGUUCCAUUAUCGAGAUCUCCAACUGAAGAGGAACCCUUAACCAAUCACCCUGCCAGGCAAUUUGUGAUUGAUUUUAUUCGAGUGAUUGUUGUGGAUUCAUUAAGUUUAUCUGCAACAUCAGGAAAAGCUUCUCCAGUGAUUGAUUUGGUUCUAGAUGCUUAUCCAAUUGAUUCUAGUAACUCUCAGCAAGUAGCCUAUCAGACAGAAGUUUUAGUAACUUUAAUGGAACAUCUUUUGGCUGCAGAUAUGUUGGUUGGUGACCAAGCAGCUAUUCCAAUAGUACCUUUGGCUAAUGCCCAUAUUCAACAUGUAGCUCCGAAUGUGUUUUACUUAACAGCACGUAUAGUAGAUAAAAUGUGGCAAGGGGCUCUGAACCGCGACCCCCACGAGGUUUUCGAUUUUAUCGUAAAAUUAAUUGGACAAGCCAAACGUAGAACUGGAAAUUUGUCAUUAGAAGGACUAUAUCAUUGCUUAAACAGAAGCAUUUUAUAUUUGUUGUCCCGAAAUACAGAAUCAAUAGCUGAUCAAAUGUCCGUUUUGGAGGCUCUGCAUAAACUUACCACCAAUAGACUGAUAGUUUUUGGUGCUGGAAAUCAUGAACUAGAUUUCAUUGGUUGCCUAAGUUAUUGUCUAUUACAAUUAACAGCAGAUAUGCGUAUAACAUUGGAAUCUUCAAGCACUAAUAGUGCUCAACGCACUACCUGGCACGUAAAUCCUGGACAAGAUUUGGAAGCACGCGACGAACAAUUAAACUCCCAUCAAGGCCGAAAUUUAAUGGCAACUGCCGCCACUAGAGUAUGGGAAGAACUUUACGUAUGCAAAAAACCUGCUAUAGAAGAGGUUUUCAAAGUUACUUUAGCACCCAACCAUCCUAACGCUAAAGCUCCAGAUUUAGUGGGAGUUAGAGAGCAAAUUUACGAUUCUGCCUUGAAACUGUGGCUGAAUUACAUUGAAAAUGAACGCAAGGCCGCAUAUAAAGUCCCCUGGGAAAUUCACAACCAGCUACAAUCGAAAAUUCAUAAAGUCACUGGAGGAUUGACAAGAUUAGCUAGCCGCACCAAAGUCAAGAAAGACGAUAAUACAAGAAUUCGAAUUAACAUUAACAAAAAGCAAGCGUUCGAUUGGAUGGUUAAUCACGUGCAAAUUAUUUGCGAAUUGGUCGAGUUGAGGCGACAACAACAUCAAAAUACUGCUCAGCAUACUCAAAGGUAUGUACACCAAGAAUGGCUCCAAACUGAAAAUGAACUAACAAGAGAACGUGGUUUAUGGGGACCCAUGGAACCGACUCACUUAGAUAAAUGGAUGCUCGAUAUGACUGAAGGACCUCAUAGAAUGCGCAAGAAAACGAUGAAAAACGACUUAUUUUAUUUGCAAUAUCCUUAUCGUGCAGAUCACGAAAAAGGCCUAUUGAAAUAUAAGGUAGCCACAAGUUAUCACAGCAAAGAACAUUAUCAAACUCUCCAUAAUAAAGGAAUGAGUGGACUGUCUUUGGAACCUCCAGAAAGAACAGAAAGUGUUUCUGAAGAAUUAUCUCCGAUGCCUUAUGCGGCUUUGCCCCAUUUGACUAGACUUACUUCAGAUCAGGAAGAUCAACAAGAAGAUAAUGAUGUUGAAGAAGAACCUUCGCCUCCACCAGAUAACCAAACACUUUUAAGACUGUUAGAACAGAACGAGAAAAUAUCUUACAUGUUUAGAGUAGCAAGAAUUCAAGGAUUAGACACCACUGAAGGUUUACUGUUGUUUGGUCUAGAACAUUGUUACAUUGUAGAUGGAUUUACUGUUUUAAAAAAUAGAGAAAUUCGUGAUAUUGACAGUGUACCAAAUAAUGCAAACGAAUAUGAACCAAUUUUACCAAACCCUGGUUCCCCAAGAAGAUCGAGGACAAUGAGGCAAUGCUCUAAGUUUUCUUAUGAAGACAUCAGAGAAGUGCAUAAAAGGCGGUAUUUACUUCAACCGAUGGCUUUAGAAGUAUUUUCCGGAGAUGGCCGCAAUUAUUUGUUAGCAUUUUUACGGAAACAAAGGAAUAAGGUUUAUCAGCGCUUUAUGGCCACUGCCACUGGAAUUUCCGAUAGCGCUCAGCAGUCAGUUGCUGGACAAAAAAGAACUGCUAAUGUCGAACAAGCUACAAAUCUCCUAAGCAAUCUUAUAGGGGAAACUAGCGUUACACAACGUUGGGUUAGAGGAGAAAUUUCAAAUUUCCAAUAUUUGAUGCAUCUGAACACUCUAGCUGGCAGAUCUUAUAAUGACCUCAUGCAGUAUCCUGUUUUUCCAUGGAUAUUAGCUGACUAUGAUUCAGAAGAACUUGAUUUAAGUGAUUCAAAUACUUUUAGAGAUUUCAGUAAGCCCAUGGGAGCUCAAAGCCCUGAUAGAUUGGAGCAAUUUAAAAAACGGUUUAAGGAAUGGGACGAUCCUCAUGGAGAAACUCCACCUUAUCAUUACGGUACUCAUUAUUCAAGCGCCAUGAUUGUUUGUUCAUAUUUGGUGCGCUUGGAGCCUUUUACGCAACACUUUUUGCGCCUGCAAGGUGGUCAUUUUGAUUUAGCUGAUCGCAUGUUUCACUCCAUUAAAGAAGCAUGGACUUCGGCGUCUAAACAUAACAUGGCUGAUGUUAAAGAAUUAAUUCCAGAGUUUUUCUAUCUGUCAGAGUUUUUGGAGAAUAGUAACCAGUUCGAUUUAGGUGUGAAACAAAAUGGAGUUGCUUUGGGUGAUGUUGUAUUGCCUCCAUGGGCUAAACAAGAUCCAAGGGAGUUUAUUAGAGCACAUAGAGAAGCUUUAGAGUGUGAUUAUGUGUCGCAAAAUUUACACAACUGGAUCGAUCUUAUUUUUGGUUAUAAGCAACAGGGUCAGCCAGCUGUAGAGUCAGUCAACGUAUUUCAUCAUUUGUUUUACGAAGGUAAUGUGGAUAUCUACAAUAUUGAUGAUCCUUUGAAGAAAAAUGCCACCAUAGGCUUUAUAAAUAAUUUUGGGCAAAUACCUAAACAGCUAUUCAAAAAACCUCAUCCGUGCAAAAAAAUGGGCCCCAAUAAUAGAGCCUCAGUAAUUAUUGACACUGGGUCUUUAGUGCAAGCCUUCACUUUGCCACAGCCGGAUAAACUAUUUUUCCACCAUUUAGACAAUUUAAGACCCUCGCUCCAGCCAAUCAAAGAAGUUAAAGGCCCGGUAGGUCAAAUAUUACAAAUAGAAAAGUCAGUACUAGCCGUAGAACAAAAUAAAGUUCUGAUGCCGCCAUCUUUUGGUAAAUAUGUAGCGUGGGGGUUUGCUGAUCAUUCCAUUAGAAUAGGGAAUUAUGAGAGUGAUAAGGCUGUUUUUGUUUCGGAAAAUGUUGAACAAAAUAACGGUGAAAUAUUGGCUUGUGUAUGUCCAAGCCCUAAAGUCAUUGUGACUGCUGGUACAGGAUCUGUAGUUACGGUAUGGGAUUAUGAUUGUCGAAAAAAAUCCAUGAAUAUCAAACAUCGCUUAUAUGCUCACACUGAUGCAGUCACUUGCUUGGCUGCUAGUCCUGCUUAUAAUGUCAUAGUAUCAGGCUCUCGUGACUCUACAGCCAUAAUUUGGGAUCUAUCUCGUGGUGUCUUUGUGAGACAGCUUCGAGGUCAUGCAGGACCUGUAGCGGCUGUAGCUGUCAAUGAACUUACCGGAGAUAUAGCUACAUGUGCAGCUACUUGGUUACACGUUUGGACUAUAAAUGGUUGUCCACUGGCCUCGGUCAAUACUUGUGUAGGCCGCGCUGAUCGUAUGCAACAAAUUUUGUGUGUGGCAUUUUCACAAGCUCACGAUUGGGAUUCAUUGAAUGUCAUCAUAACCGGAUCGACGGAUGGAGUUACCAGAAUGUGGUCUUUGGAUUACGUUCAAGUGCCCAUAGAAGAAGAAAAAAUUAUUAUUACGGUCAACAAUGAAAUUAAUCCUGCCAGACAUAAAUUGGCCAGAGAUGCUAAUGUGGUGUCUCACGAUAAUAAUUCGAGGAAUUUGAUGAAGUCUGGAUCUGAAAGUAGUAUUUCUGGUGAUAAAGUUAAAAUUGAUACUGUAAUUGUGUCGUGCGAGGGCAGCGCUAAAGAAUGGCAACGUGGACAACAAGAAGAAAAGGAAACUUGUAGUGAUGGUGAGGAACCGACAGUUCCGCCAGUUGCUCCGGUUAGAAGAAGACGGUCUAGAGUUCAUGCAGGAUUCAGAAGUGAAGGUGGACACAGUACAGAUAGUGCAAGUUUGGAUGUUGAGGAUUCAGGUUUAAGAACAAGCAAAUCUGAUACCAGUCUAACUGACUCAUUUGUGAUGGUGGAUAAUAAUCAGAAAAAGAGCCAAAAUCCAAUGAAUAAUUUACGACCAGGUUUUAAAUGGCAAAGACAGCUAGUUUUCAGGAGUAAACUCACUAUGCACACAGCGUAUGAUCGCAAAGAUAAUACUGAACCAGCUUCAAUAUCUGCUUUGGCUGUUUCAAAGGAUCAUCGCGUAUUUUUCGUUGGCGACACCAGAGGGCGUGUAUUUUCGUGGUCAGUAUCCGACAUAGUUGGACGUGCCGCAGAUCAUUGGCUGAAAGAUGAAGGAGCUGAAACUUGCGCCAACUGUAAUGUCAAAUUUAACAUUUACGAAAGACGGCAUCAUUGUAGAAAUUGUGGUCAGGUGUUCUGCUCUCGAUGUUCGCGCUUUGAAAGUGAAAUUUCGAGAUUGCGUAUACUGAAGCCUGUACGGGUAUGCCAAAAUUGUUACGCCUCCUUAAAAGGGGAACACAAAUAAUUUUCUAUAUUUAUUAUGUUGAUCCGACCUGGUACAAUAAUAGACGUAGCCUCUUGAGAACGAUGUUGUAAAGAUUCAAUUACAAAAUCAGAAAUAAUUGAGUUUGUUUUUAAAGUCAAUAUUUGUCUUCUCAGGAAAAUUUUCCAUAAUUCAAUCUUGUAUACAACAAACGCCUUCCACUAAGCAAAAAUUAACAUUGCAAUUCUGCACACUCCUAGUUACCAGUGAAAUAAUUUUCGCAUUUUUCAGUCUGUCCUCAGAAAAAAGGGCCGAUUCUGAUAUAGAGAUAUUUAAUGCCACCUUAAGACCAAAUAGUUUCAGUUAUUUUGAAUUAGCCAAAAACUCACUUUCGAUACAUUUCAGAUUAGUAUUAUUUUUGUACCAUCUGUACUUCUCAUAUACAUAUAAAUCCAUAUACGCAAAAUUACUUUUUUUUAACACUCAGACAAUAACCUUAAUUAGGGCUUGUUGUGAUACACAGACAAAUUCGAUUGUAGUUGGUAAGAUUAAAAACCUAUUGUUCAUUUCACAUAUUUUUCUUGUGAAAUUAUUUUACCAAUAUUAAUUCUCAAUAUGUUAUUUUUGCUUGGAGGAACUUAUUUCAUAUUAAAUGUCUUUUCACAACAAAUUUUGAAUUAAAUAUUUAUAACGUUUCGUUCUAAUGUAACCUAAGUAGCAAUGAAUGUGUAUUAUUUUAAUGAUGUUUCUUGCAAGUAAAAGAAACAUCGUAUGCUCUGUGUAGCUGUACAAAAUAUAUACCCCAAAAAAAUAUUUACAUACAUAUUAUAUAUUUUGUAGUGAAUACCAGAUUAUUGUUAUCAACUAUCGUAUAUAGUGUAUAAUAAUUAUUAUGUAUUAGUAUACAAUAACACAUUGGAAUACUCACAAAAAAAAUACCGUUUUUAUUUUGUGAAAAAAAUUAUUUUUGCUUUAACACUACUUAAAACAAAAUGAAUUCCUAUUGCUGACCUCGUCAUUGUUGUAGUUUUACGUAGAUUUCGCCUAUCCUGCUCACCGAGCCUAGAAUAGGUAAUUGAUUAUUUUUAUCAUUAUUUAAUGAAUGUAUUUUACCAUAUACGUAAUUAUAAUCUAUCAAACGCACAGUGAUCAAGAUUAACAGCAGAGAUUCAAUUUUAAAUUUGUGUCAAUUUUUUUUCCACCCCGUGAAAUAUGUUGGCACAAUAUUUUUGUUAGAUACUAAGUGCAAUAUUUCAACUUUAUUGUUUGUUUUUUUUUUAUAUACAUCUUAUUUAUCAAUUUAAUUUAUUAAUACGUAUUGUUUUUAUUGUGAUAUAAUUUUAGCUGAUAAUUUUAUUGUUAUUGUUAUACUUCUUUGUUUUAUAUUAUUAUUAUUUUAAUAUAUUCUUUUUUACCCCAA